CCUACUAGAAUCAAUCCUAUUGGUCACUUUACAGCGCACCCGGAUCUCCAUUUCCACCGUUCAUAACAUUACAGAUCAACGAUGUAGAAUACAUUUCAUUCUCCGCUUCUCCCUCUCAUUUUCGCCUAUAAAAAUCGUCAGAGCCUCCAUUCACUACCCACCAAAACAAUCAAAACCCUAGUUUCCCCCUCUUUUUCUCGAGAAACAAACAGGUUCCCGAACACCCAAUGGCCCGCACAAAGCAGACAGCAAGAAAAUCGACCGGAGGGAAGGCCCCAAGGAAGCAACUAGCGACCAAGGCUGCCAGGAAGUCAGCUCCAGCCACCGGAGGAGUGAAGAAGCCCCACCGAUUCAGGCCGGGAACGGUGGCCUUGAGAGAAAUAAGGAAGUACCAGAAGAGCACAGAGCUGUUGAUAAGAAAGCUACCAUUUCAGAGGCUGGUGAGAGAAAUAGCCCAAGAUUUCAAGACAGACUUGAGGUUCCAAAGCAGCGCAGUAGCAGCACUUCAAGAGGCAGCAGAGGCAUACCUUGUUGGGUUGUUUGAGGACACCAACUUGUGUGCUAUUCAUGCUAAGAGGGUCACUAUCAUGCCUAAGGAUAUUCAACUGGCCCGUAGAAUUAGAGGGGAGAGAGCUUAAUCAGCUUAGCUACUGAUAUUAGGUUUCAGAGUGCCAUGUCUGUCUCUGUUUGGAUUUCAUGUUAUGGUAGAUUUGGGGUUCUUGUUGUAAAUCUUUUCUGGAUUGAAAUGAGAGAUUGAGAUGUUUAUUUUGAAUCCCAUGUGUUCGAUGAUUUGUCUUAGAUUCAGGCAACGUUAGUAUUUAGGAACUCGUGAGACUUGCAAGGGCAACAAUAGUUUGAAGCAAGAGAUAUGGCAGCACAAGUGUAAUUUGAAGACCUUUUAGAGUCUUAAUUGAAAGAGAUUUAUCAUUUUAUUAUUUA